AUGUCGGAAUCAAAGGAAUACACAUAUGCUGAGGCAGCAGAACAUAAGACUAAGAAGGAUUUGUUUAUGGUUAUCCAUGAUAAAGUUUACGACACUUCGGCUUUUGUUGAUGAACAUCCUGGUGGAGAAGAAGUCCUCCUUGACGUUGGCGGACAAGAUGCAACUGAAGCAUUCGAGGAUGUUGGACACAGUGACGAGGCAAGAGAAAUCCUUGAUGGUUUACUUGUUGGUACCUUGAAGCGCAUGCCAGGCGACCCAGCCCCCAAAGCUCAAGCAGCAACCGCUUAUACAUCUUCCACCCAAGGCGAAGCCGGUAUGGGUGUCGGUCUCUACGCUAUCAUUCUCAUUGGUGGACUUGCAGCUUUCGGUGCUUACAAGUACAUGUUGGCCCAACAAAGUGCCGUUCCAGUUCAAGCUUAG